AUGGCGGAUAAGCGGCCUCUGGGCACCCUGGGCCCUGUAAUGUAUGGCAAACUGCCUCGCCUAGAGGCUGACUCAGGGCCUGGGCACAGCCUGCCCUCUGCUGGCAGGCAGGACCCCUGCAGCUACAAGGGUGCAUACUAUUCUUGUCCCAUGGGGGGUGCUCCUAAGGCAGGGUCUGAGCGGCUGGCAUCAUGGACCCCCUAUCCACCCUUGUACCCCACCAACAUGCCAGGACCGCCACUUCGGGCAGACAGCCUGAUGUCCAACUGCCUGCUCUACCGCCCACCGACAGAGGGCUCUGAGAAGAUGCAGGACUCCGGCCCUGUUGAGCUUCUGCCCUACAAUCCCCGGGCUCACUCCUACCCUGGCCCACCGCUGGCAGCGCCAAAACCCAUCUACCGCAACCCUCUGUGUUACGGGCUCUCAACUUGUCUGGGGGAAGGGGUAGCCAAGAGGCCACUGGAUGUUGACUGGACACUAGUGACUGGGUCUCUGCUGCCCCCUGCUGACCCACCCUGUUCUCUGGCCCCAGCUCCUGGCAAAGGCCAGCCUCUGGAUGGUACCUUCUUACAUGGGGUACCAGCUGGGGGGUCUGGCAAAGACUCCUCCAUGAGCUUCUCUCCAUGCCAGGCAUUCCUGGAAAAGUAUCAAACUAUUCACAGUACAGGCUUCCUACCCUCCAAGUAUGCAAAUCCUUACUCUGGGGACCCCAAGCAGGCACUGCCUGAGGGGCCCCCCAGUCCUUGGACCCAGCUGGCCCAGCCUUUGGGACCAGCCUGCCAGGAUUCAGUGCCCAUGCACUACCCGCUGUCCCACACUCCACAGACCCUGCCUUGUCCACAAGCCUGUCGCCACCCCGAGAAGCAGGCCAGCUACAGCUCAGUGCUCCCACUUCAGCCUCUGGGAACCCACAAGGGAGCUGGGUACCCACCUGGUGGGCUGGGCAGCCCCUACCUAAGACAGCAGGCAGUUCAGACACCUUAUGUGCCCCCAGUAGGGCUGGACACUUAUUCCUAUCCUUCUGCCCCUCUCCCAGCACCCUCACCAAGCUUCAAACUAGAGCCACCACUUGCUCCACGGUGCCCACUGGACUUUCCCCCCCAGACACUGGGCUUUCCUCAUAACCGGGACGACCUCUCUCUCUAUGGAGCAUCCCCAGGGCUUGGAGGAACACCACCUUCCCAGGACAGUGUGCGGGCUGUGCCACAACCUGGUGCCUUCCAUCGGACAUGUCAGCCUGUUCCUGCCAGCCAGCCACACUUAGAGCGUGUGAGGCCCACUGAGAAGCCGGUGCAGGCAGCUGAGAAGACAUGGUUGCCUAGCUGCAGGAAAGAGCAGCUCCGGUCCCGGCUUGAUGAGCACCCCGGGGCACCCAUCGUCAUCCGAGACAGUCCAGUUCCUCGCACCCCACCGGCACUGCCCCCCUGUGCCCAGGAGCGUCAAUCCCUCCCACAGCACAAGGGCACGAGUCCACCCAGCUCUCCACCCAUGCCCAUUAUUGACAACGUCUUCAGCCUGGCCCCCUACCGUGACUACCUGGAUGUGCAGGCACCCGAGGCCACGUCUGAGCCUGACCAAGUCCCAGCAACCAAUGAGAGCCAUGGCAAAGACUGCAAGGGGACCCUGCCUGCCCAGGAGGCCCCCUUGGAGACACGCUGCUCUCUCAGGGAGGAAGUGGCACUGGACCUGAGUGUGAAGAAGCCUGUGACUGAAAUGUCGCUUCUCAAGGUCCCUAGUCCUGUGGUACCUGCCAAGCCCACAGACACACUAAAUGUUGGAAACACAGUCACAGGCAUGCCAGGUGUGGGGAACAUAGUCUUGGAUCUGCCAGGCCUGAAAAAUCUAGUCACAGAAGCACCAGGGCUCCCUGGGGCACCAGUGACCACAGAGGCCACACCAAGGACCAACUUCCAAAGCUCUGUGGCCUUCAUGUUUCGAAAAUUCAAGAUCCUCCGACCAGCACCUUUACCUGCAACUGUGGUCCCAUCAGUACCCACCUCGGCUCCCGCCCCAGCCCCACCUGCGCUCACCCCCACUUCUGUGCCCAUUGGACUGAAGAUUAUCACCCAGCCCUUGCCUAUGGCUUGCUUAAAUCUGGCACUGCCUAGCCCUCCAGCCUUGGCUGUGGCCUCUCCAGCUCCUGCUCCAGCUCCAGCUCCUGCUCCAGCUAUGUCACCUGCUCCAGCUCCAGCCCCACCCCCGACUCCUGCCCCAGUUCCUGGCCCUGCUCCAGCUUCUACUCAAGCCUCAACCCUGGUGGACUCUGCAGAGCAGCGCUUUGCAGGGCUGCACGCAUCCUUGUGUGAUGCCAUCUCGGGCUCGGUGGCCCACUCCCCGCCAGAGAAGCUGCGUGAGUGGCUUGAGGCGGCUGAGCCUUGGGGCCGGGCAGCAUGGCAGGACUGCCAAGGUAUACAGGGGCUGCUGGAAAAGCUGCUGUCACAGCUGCAGAGCUUCGUGUACGCGCAUCAAUGCCCCUUCCCCCAUGUUGUGCGAGCCGGCGCAAUCUUUGUGCCCAUACACCUGGUGAAGGAGCGACUCUUCCCGCAGCUGCCCCCUGCUUCCGUGGACCAUGUGCUGCAGGAGCACCGCGUGGAGCUGCGGCCCACCACACUGUCGGAGGAGAGGGCGCUGCGAGACCGCGCCCUGCACGGCUGCACCUUGCGCAUGCUGAAGCUACUGGCUCUGCGCCAGCUGCCUGACAUCUACCCUGACCUGCUGAACCUGCAGUGGCGUGACUGCAUACGCCGCCAGCUGGGUGACUUAGACCCUGAAGCUGGAGCUGUGCCCCCUUCAGAACCCACUAUGGCCAGAGACGAGCCAGAGAGCCUAGCCCUGGCUCAGAAGUCACCGCCCCCCAAGGCCAGGAAACCGGGGAGGAAACCAUCAACUCCCGGUCUGGAGAAGGCAGAGGCAGCCUCUGGGGAAGGGUCCCAUGAUGUUUCACCUACCCCAGCUGCCAGCACCAGCCCACCAGCCCCCACACUGAGGGCCCGCUUCCGUAGCUUGCUGGAGAACGCCUGGCUCAAUGGCUUGGCACUGCCUACUUGGGGCCACAAACCUUCAGGACCAGACCGGCCUUCACCCCACCCACAGCUGUUGAGAAGCCAGAGCCACCACCUGUAG